AUGCAGCCGCUGUAUGCUGAGAGGGGAGCGCUCGCCCAUCGAAAUCAUGAAACUACCCCCACCCAGCGGCAGGAGCUAUGUCGGCAUGAGACGCUCUCCCACCAACAUAGCACUGUCCUCACCAGCGCCUGUGUCAGUAUCGCUGGAGUGACGGUGACCCUCCCGGUGAAUGUGAAAACACUAGGAGUUGCCAUUUAUCAGCAUGGGCUGUAUACAGUACUGCAGACUCCCUUUGGGCUGAGUGUGAGCUACGACCUGGCCCACAGCCUCUUUGUCAGCCUCCCUCCUGAGUACCGAGGCCAGACCUGCGGGCUGUGCGGAAACUUCAAUGGUGCUGCUGAGGAUGAUUUUGUGACGCGUAACGGCUCCCUAGGGAAGGACGCCUUCCACUUCGCUGCAGACUGGAAGUCGGAGGAUGUCCCUGGCUGUGACGACGGCUGCUCUGAUUCCUGCCCUGGGUGCGAAGAGGAGGAAAGUCUGGUGCAGUCCAAGUCCCGGUGCUGGGUGAUCCAGGAUCCCAACGGGCCGUUCGCCUCUUGCCACUCCCAGAUUGACCCAGGCCCCUAUCUGUCUGAUUGCAUCUUUGACCUGUGUGUGUCAGGAGGGGAGAGCAGUGUCCUGUGCCAGUCCAUUCAGACAUACGCAGCCGCCUGCCAGAGAGCGAAUGUCACCAUCUCACCUUGGAGGAGCGAGUCUUUCUGUGGUAAGCAGAGACCAAGUUUGCGUUUGCUUUUUAAAUUGAAAGUAUCUCAUUUGCGACUUGAGAUGUCGCCACAUUCUGAUGACGCCACCUGCCAGGAGCCAUUGGCUCCUAAGAACACAGAACUCAAGUGCUUGUUCCUCAAACAUUUGAUCCCAGUAGUGAAUGCCCAGCUGUCACCAGCUUCACAUCAGUGGCCAAAUCCCAGCUUAGCUUGA